GCUUAGCGACAAGCAGAUGGUGGAUGGUUACCUCUGGCGAAUGAUGGUGGUACGUAAGGAGCAAACAGGCAGCUCUCAAGGAGGAAGAUCAAAGCCAUUAGGUGUCUACCUCCAGCGAAUUCCAGAGUCAACCAAUUUACUGUCUACCAAGCGUUGAAUAUGAGGCUCUAUCCAUCGCCAGAGUAGUUUUAACUUCCUCCUUAAUACAGAAUGUAUUAUUCUAAAGUCCGAGUCAGUUUUUGUGGAUGACCUCGAACCUCGAAAGUUUGGAAUCAUUGACAACAUGGUUCACUUCCGGUUAUUAGAACCUUUAUCCUCGAAAACAAAAUAUUUAGUUUUAGCAAUCUGCAAAAUAUUUCAUCCUCAAAAAUGUGGCACUGCACGUUACAUACAUGAAUAUUCCCUAUAGUAGUGAUUCUGCUGCUCCCACUCGAGCCACUAUAACUCUGAUCAAUCAUGACAACCCAGAGAAGAGCUACUCAAAAGAGUUUAAUCAUAACUACUCAAACUCCUCAACCGAUUGGGGUUACUCUUCUUUUAUGAAGCUAAGGGAUCUCACUAACCCAGCGAAAGGGUUCAUUGUCAAUGAUAGUAUUGUCUUGAAAGCAGAGAUUGAGGUUCAACAGCAAGCCCAGAGAAGCACCAGUGGAGAGCUGGCUCGUCAGAACUCAGUGCUGACUUGCCCUGGCUGCGAUUGUGACUAUGACACACAGGGGGGCAAGAAGCCUAUGAGUCUGAGGUGUGGGCAUACAUUCUGCUCAGACUGCCUGGACAAGAAAUGCAACAACUACACCUCGGACUCACCGGUUACGAUAACAUGCUCAGUAUGUGAGCAAGAACACUCUGGAGGCAGCACUCGUGAGCUAUGGUUUCCAAACCACGCUGUCAUGCAAAUGAUCGGUAACUUUAUCCCCAAAUCAAAAUAUUUCUGUGAGUCUCACAAGCAAAACAUGGACUACUACUGCUUUGUAGACUCUUGCUUGGUUUGUAUUGGUUGUGCUUAUCAAGGGAAGCACGCUGGGCAUGAGUGUAAGCUCGUGAGUGAUGCCAAAAUGGAAGUAGAGAAGCAGUUAACACUAACCGUGAAGAAGGUAGUUAGUAAAUCUACAGAGAUCUCUAGUAAGCUGGACCUGUUCAAAGAUGAGCAAAAGUCCCUGAGGAGUCAGGAGGAUGGUCUGGUUCAGGUCAUUGAACAGUCCUACAGAGAACUCGAGGAGCUUAUUAAGAAACGAAAGGAUUCUCAAUUGCGCGAGUUAAAGGAGCACAUGGAAGAACUCAAUUCCUCUGUUGAAACUAAUGUCAGGUCCACAGAAGAGAAGGGGUCACAAGUCCUGAGUGCCCUGACAGAGUAUGAAGCCUGGAAGGCCCUCUCAGCCAAAGACGCACUACUAAAGUUGGGUACCUUAAACACUACACUCAAAACAGCAGAAUCCAUACCCACUGGCACCAAGAGCUCGGCUAAUCUUCAUACUUCCAUUUCUUUUAUCAAUCCAAUGUCUGAGCUGUUCGCUUACAUCGAAAACCAUGGAAGACUGGAUGUAAUUGGGUCUCAAGGAUCCGUGGAGAAUAACCAUCAAGCCAAUCUUGCUAGUGGUGAUAGUGACGGAAAAAAUGUUCACACACCACCUAACAAACGAAAGAAGUAUUCCCAAUAAUAUUAUAAUUGUGCCAAUUUCUUAAUUUAAAUCUCGAAAACCUCUGUAUCUUCAGUAUAAUUACCUGUCUAUGAAUAUGCAUUCUUUUGAUGCUAUAAUUAUAUAUAACUUAGUGUAAAUUUCCAAAA